GGCAACGAAAUAGUAAACUCAUGGUGAAAACGAGCAAAACAAUCUAUCGUGACUCACUUCAAAACAAUUUAAUUCGUGGAUAAUUUAAAUUUACAAGUGAUACAAAAGUCGAACGAAGAUUUUGUUAGCUAAAUUUAGCGACUGAACACUUGAAGCUAAAAAAAGGAUAGAAAAAUGCUCUCUUCGAAAGCGAACGCGGCACUGGCGCGUUUGAAAGAAAUCGAGGAGAAAUACAAAAUAAAACGUGAGGAGCAGAAAUGGAACCAUAAAGAAGACGCGGAUAGCUCGAUUAGCAGCGUUUCGAUAAUUCCUUCGGAAAAUCCCUGGGCGGAAUUAAAGAAAUCAUUGAAGAACGUCUCGAAGCUCAAGCUUGACAUUAAGAUACCAGAUAUGCGAUUUGAAGGACGUGCGGAAGAAACAAAACUUUCAUCGGAGAGUAAGAAAUCAACGCCGGACAAAAUGAGUCCGGAAUCUUUCGAAGAUGUCGAAGAAGCCGACCUUGAUGUCACGAUGCCGCCGAAAGAUAAAUCGCCGCGUUACACAGGAAAGCAAGAAAGUCUCAUCUCGGACGUAACGAGUAUUCAAGAGGAUAGUUCGAUCGAAAGCGUGCUCGAUGACUCGAUGAUUUCGUCGAAAUCACUCUCGCGCUCGAAAACGUUACGAGGAAACUUUUCCACGGCUAGUAAUAAAUCUUCCAAACGCGAAGAAAGGACAAAAGCGCCUGCAAAGUACAAGAAAGAGAGAGAAUCCGAUAAAUCGUUAGAUAUUUCCAAGAGAAAAGCAUCAUCUGCUAAUUCGUCGAUCACAAAGCAAUCGAGAUCGUUCGAAAAAUCGAAUGAGAAGACUGUCAAAGUGCGUUCUAAUCUGAAAUCGAGAGAGCGUUCGAUUCAAGAAAAGGUAAUCAUUAAAAUACCGUAUGUGGCUAGUUCGGAUCGCUCAAGGUCUUUGCGCGAUGAUAGCGUUAUCGAGGAAUCGAUCGGCACAGUGGACGACGGCAGUGAAAUUAUUUCGGAACUUUCUCACGCCAAGACAAGUAUUACCGCUAAAACCGACGAUUCUAUUAAAAGUUCCAAAUAUUUGGCAGCUGAAAACGCUUUUGUGAUGGAUCCGAGCAGUUCCAGACAGCUGGCAACUGAAAGUGGAUACGCGAACGACACCUUUGAAGACAUUUCGAGUUCGACUAUGCGGUCACAAUCGCAGCCCGAAAAAAUAAUCGAUGAGAAGCAAAAAAUAGAUUCAUUACUCGAGGAAUAUAAACAUCAUCAAAAUAAUAAGAGCAACAGAAAGGGGCACAUCAUCGAACUCGUGGCUUUAAAACCAAAUGAAAACGAGAUUAAUUUGGAACCGUUCAACUAUGCCAAUGAUUUUGCCAACGCAAAUUUAGAUAACGCAAUCGUGCGCUUGAUAAAAUCGCCAAAAUCCGCCAGUUCGCGUUCAGAGAAACGUUAUCAAGAACAUCGACCAGAGUCGUUUAAAACAAACACUUCAAGUGCCACAAACUUCGAUAAAAAGAUAUCUCACUCGUCGAAGUCGUUGACCGGAGUCGGUGAUGUGACGAACACAGACGAGAAGAAAAACUUACCGGAGAUCAGGACGACUUCUGUUGGGCAAGAAAGCGGCCAGGAAGAGCGCGGGAAAGCAUCAAACAAAAUAAGAGAACGCGCAAUGAUAAAUAUCACUGGACCGCCUGCGGCGGAUGAGAAGGACAUAAUCAAAUCAAGUUUAUCAGAAGAAUAUGAAAUAGAAAAAGAAAACGUUUUAGAAAAGAGCUCGGAUCAACACAUUUCUCAGGAUGCCGAAGAUGUGUUGAGAAAAUUGCAUAAAGAUGCGCAUGAUGCGCUGAUCAAGCGUCAUGCGAGCUCAAAAAAAGUGAAAGAAGCGUCGGAAAAAUCUCCCGAGAGUAAAACAAAAUCUGAAAUCAAAGAUGUGAUAAAAACGAGAAAAGAAAUGCCGAGAGAAGAAAACCAAAGUCGCCGCUCUUCAGAGGAAAAUAAAAUAUAUGAUCGUAAUAGUCGCAAACCUAGCAGCCAGAAAAAGAAGAAAAAAAGCGUUAAAGUUACGAAUUCAAAGUCGGCGCAAGCUCGCUAUACUGGAAGUCGUAAGGAAGACAAGGCUUCAAGGUUUGAUGAGAAACAAAUGCUCGGACUUGAGAAACAAAUUGUCGAACUGCGAUUGCAGCAAGAACGGAAAGAUCUCCAAAAAUAUCUACAGGAACUGAAGGAUUCAAAACUGGAAUCCGGUUCUACUCAAAGCUAUUUCAGUCCCCUGGAAUUUCCGAAGAUUGCAGAAUUUACGCAACCUGACGCAAUCAACUUGGAAUCAAAACCGGACGAUCAGCAUAUCAUGCUUCGGGAGAGAGUUUCGGCGAUCAAACAGAGUUUGAAGGAUCAAUAUAUCUUGUAUCGUGACUACUGUACUAUGGCGCAAGCGAUCAAUGCCCACUACGUUCCCACGACGUUGCAGGAUGCUAAAAAGACAAUACGCGAGCUGCAGAAAAUGAUAAUUAAAAGCAGAUGACGUUGGCGCGUCCACCUGACAGUAGAUAC